GUAAAAUAUUAGAAACAGUAAAAUAGCUAAAUGAAAGAUAGUGAAGAGAGAGACGAUGAAAAGGACCCGAUGAUGGAAAUGCACCCUCAGAAUAGAAUUGUUGACAUUUGGGAGCAUAACUUCUUUGAAGAAAUGGACAAAAUUAUGGCAUUGAUACCAGAAUAUAAUUAUGUUGCUAUGGACACAGAGUUUCCAGGAUGUCCUGAAGUCCCUGCUUCUAUUACAGAUGAUUAUGGGUAUCAAUUAGUCAAAAUAAAUGUGGAUCAAUGUAAACUAAUUCAGCUCGGUAUCACAUUGUUUAAUAAAGAUGGAAAGCCACCACCUGGACAAUGCUGUUGGCAAUUUAAUUUCAAAUUUGACAAAGAUCAUGAGAAAUCUGCAGAAGCUUCUAUAAAAGUGCUAAUAGAAGCAGGUAUUGAGUUUGAUAAGCAUCAAACAAUUGGAAUAGACCCAUUGGAUUUUUCAUAUUACUUCUUGUCUUCUGGAUUAGUUUUAAACAAGGAAGUCAAAUGGAUAUGCUUCCAUGGAACCCACGAUUUCGGCUAUAUGUAUAGAGUCCUUGUAAAUACACCUCUGCCAGAUUCAGAAGACGCAUUUUCCCUUGAUCUGAACAAAUAUUUUCCAGCUCUGUAUGAUACGAAGUAUAUGAAGCAUGAAAUUGAAGAACUCAGAGGAGGAUUACAGAAAACUGGUGAAUUACUAAACCUUGAAAGAAUUGGAAUGCAGCAUCAGGCUGGAAGUGAUAGUUGGCUCACAGGACUGGUCUUUUUUGAGCUCUGUAAAACUUAUCUCAAUGGAAAAGACAUUGACAAAGAAUUCAACAAUGUUAUUUAUGGGCUAGGCAUUAGUGAAAAUGAUGAAGGAUACAUUGAACUAUACACAAAUAAAACAGAAGAAAUUGAAAGGAGACAAAGAGAGAUGGAUGAGCAGAAUGAUUACCAGCAAUUCGAUCAUAAUUAUUAUGACAUGGGACAUCACCAGCCUGAUAAUUACCCUAUGUAUAUGCAAGAUGUUUACCAAUCAAAUCCUUAUUCUGGGCAGCCAAUGAUGCAUCAUCCUUCACCAAUGUCUUCGAUGGGAUUCAGUCCAUCCAUUGGUCAAAAUAUGCCUCAGGGUCAUUAUGCUAUGCCACAGAAUUCUUCUGAUUACCAAGAAGAUGAUGGAAAUAUGCAAUACACAAGCCAAUACCAAUUGGGAAGGCAUCCUCAACUCUCAGGGCAACCUGAGGAUUACCAUAACUAUGGAAAUGGUUACUAAUUGGAUUAGCGUCCAAUAUAUUUCUAU